UACAACGGCUAUGGACAGAGCAACCCUUAUGGCUCUAACUCUGGCUACGACACUCCUCCCACAUANCACCCAGGAGCCCAGGGCGAUGUCGAGAUGCAGCCCCUCAACGACCCCUUCGCCGACCCCUACGGCGCCGGCCAACAAUCAGACCCCAACGCCAUCCUGAACGACUGCCGCGAAGUCGGCCGCGCAAUCGACGACGUCGAGUCCCGUCUCCAAGGCCUGCAACGCCUGCACCGCCAAUUCGUCUCGGGUACCAAUGCCACAAACAAGGAGAUCGACGCCAUGGGCUCCGAAAUCAUGUCCGCCUACCGUGCCCUCGCCGACCGCGUCAAGAGAAUCAAGUCUCGCCCCGAGUCCAGAAACCCGCGCAAUGAAGCCCAGGUCAAUGCCCUCGACCGCAGGAUCCGCAAGGCAAUCAACAAUUAUCAAACCGUGGAGAGCCAGUUCCGCAAGGAUGUGCAAGAGCAGCAAAGACGUCAAUACCUCAUCGUGAACCCCGACGCUACCGAGCAAGAAAUCAUCCAAGCCACAGAGUCCGGCGCCGAUACCCAGAUCUUCCAGCAGGCCCUCCUUAACAGCGACCGCCGUGGCCAAGCCCAGAGCACACUGGCAAACGUCCGCCAGCGCCACGAUGCCAUCCAGCAGAUCGAGCGCACCAUGACAGAACUGGCACAACUGUUCCAGGACUUGGACACCAUCGUCAUGCAGCAAGAGCCCAUGAUCAUGAACAUCGAGGAAAAGGCCGAAGAAACGCAAACGAAUAUGGUUCAAGCAAACGAGCACCUCGAUGUCGCUACCACAAAGGCUAGAUCUGCCAGAAGAAAGAAGUGGUACUGCCUGGGCAUCUGCGUCGCCAUUAUUAUUGUCAUUAUCCUCAUUGUCGUCAUCUACCUUGCGGCAACUGGCAAGCUCGGCAGCCACAAGAGUAACGACACGAAGACGGCUUGA